UCAAAGCCCUAAAUCUCCUCUAUCUCUGUGCAUGAAUUGAUCCAGAUUCGGCUUUGAUCGGAGCUUCCAUGGAACGAACUAUCGGCGGCAAGUACAAGCUCGGACGGAAGAUCGGCGGUGGCUCUUUCGGAGAGAUUUUCCUGGCUACACAUGUUGAUACAUUCGAGAUCGUUGCUGUUAAAAUCGAGAACAGUAAAACGAAGCAUCCCCAACUUCUCUAUGAAGCCAAGCUUUACAGAAUUCUUGAAGGAGGAAGUGGAAUUCCGCGCAUAAGAUGGUUUGGAGUGGAUGGAACAGAGAAUGCUUUAGUGAUGGAUUUGCUAGGUCCAAGUCUCGAAGAUCUAUUUGUGUAUUGUGGGAGGAAAUUCUCACUAAAGACAGUUUUGAUGUUGGCUGAUCAGAUGCUAACGAGAAUAGAAUAUGUACACUCAAAAGGAUAUCUGCAUAGAGACAUAAAACCUGAUAACUUCCUCAUGGGCUUAGGCCGGAAAGCGAAUCAGGUUUAUGUAAUUGAUUUUGGACUCGCCAAAAGAUAUCGUGAUGCCAACACCAACCGCCACAUCCCUUACAGGGAAAAAAAGUAUUUAACAGGAACUGCACGGUAUGCAAGUUGCAAUACACAUCUUGGAAUUGAGCAGAGUCGACGGGAUGACCUAGAAUCUCUUGGAUAUGUGCUUCUGUAUUUCCUAAGAGGAAGUCUUCCAUGGCAGGGCCUUAAAGCUGUUGACAAGAAGCAAAAAUAUGACAGAAUUUGUGAGAGGAAGAUAUCAACUCCGAUUGAGGUUCUUUGCAAAAAUCACCCUGUGGAGUUUGGUUCCUAUUUUCAUUACUGCCACACACUGACAUUUGAUCAGCGCCCUGAUUAUGGAUUCUUGAAGCGGCUUUUUCGUGAUUUAUUCUCACGGGAAGGUAAUGAGUUCGACUAUAUAUUUGACUGGACUAUAAUAAAGGACCAGCAAGCACAGAAAACUAGAAAUCAGUCUCAGGCUGUUCCUGGGUCUAGCAAUGCUCGUGCAAAUCCAAUGGACACAGGCAAUCGUGGAGGAGGACCAAAUAUUUCUUAUGAAGCCGAGGUCUCUGAGCGUGUCAGAUCGGCUAAUGCCAUUGGUCCAAGCCCACAGAUAAAUAAGAAUACUGCUACAGGGAGGACUCUGGGUUUUGAUCACCCCCACCAAAAUAAUAUGAUGAACAUGCCAUCCACUUCAUUAUCUCCUGCGGCAAUCCCCAAAACCUCAAAUUCUGGGAAUGGGAACAGAACCGGUUGCUGGACUUCAUCGUUCAUGUCUCCGAGGAAAUGAUGCCCAAAAAAAUAUCUUGCGUAAUUAAUUUUUUUUAUUUUUGGUGUGUAAUUUGAUUGUUUUUAUUACUUGAUUUAUGAAAUUAAACAUGAAUAAUUUUUUUUCUAUACAAAUGCUAGAAAAGCCCUCGUGAUUCAUCUGUUCAACAGAAAAGAUUGUUGGACCCAUAAUGGUGCAAUGGUUUGGUGUACCAUUUUUUUUUUUAAUAUACGAUCACUAUGGCUCCGGGUCCAUGGCAAAGAUGUAAAUUAAAAUAAAAUAAUAAUAUAU